AUGGUAAACGAUCCGAAUCGAAUAUUCGACGUGGAGAUAAUUGGCCAUGAAAUUGUUGAUAAACACGUGGUAGGUUGCUCUUUGAUUUUGUGGAUUGAAAUUUAGGAGUAUCAUAUACAAUGCACUCAAUCGGCGAGGAAUUGGACGAUAAAACGGCGAUAUCGGGACUUUAUUCAACUGAAAGAUGAAUUGGUGCCUCUUGGAGUGGAGUUGGAGCUACCGCCGAAGAAAUUCUUUGGCAAUACGAAAGAAGAGUUUGUCAGUGAGCGACAGGUCAAACUGCAGGUGAAUUUUUUGAGAUUUUUUUUUGAAGUUUAGGCUAGAGGUGAUCACCAUCAGAAAAAAAUUUUUUUUUAUGGGGAAACCCGUAAAAUAUUGAUAGUUGAAGGUGUAUUCUACAAUAAAAUUUGUCUCUAGAGCCUUGUGAAUUCAUUUUUAGGCUAAAAAUUUGGCCUGCCAUAUGUUUUUUUGUAUUUUUCUGGAUGUUAAUAUCAUGUAUAAUGUUUUAGGAAUUUUUGCGUCGAGUUGCUUGCCAUCCCUUCUUGUUUUGCUCACCAACUGCUGCUCAAUUCUUUGAACUUUCCGAGGAAUGUCUAAAAAGUAAGAAAAUCUUAUUUUUUCCUUGAUUUUUAGAGAUUUUCCCAAUCUUUUAUAUUAUACUUCCCUCCAUUCUUAGAUUAUGAAAAUUACAUCCUGUUUGCGGCCCGAAACAACCCCUCAUACCGUCUGAAACGCCUCUGGCAUGCUUGUGGAUGGCGUUAUUACAAGAUGCACGCCGAGCUGACCGACUCGGAACCUCAUAAUGAUAAUGAUUACGUGCUCACGUGGAUGUCGUAUGGGCCGGAUUCGGAUGGAACCGACCCUCGAAAACGAGCCAACUUGACUUGUGAUGCGUUGAAAUUCCUGAAGGAGUUGCCCAGCAAUUAUUUUGCGAAGAAUUUGUUGGCCUCGGCGGACGAACGAGGAGUUCAUACGAUUUCGAACAAGUUGAAGAAGGGCAAUAUGAGAGAUUUCAAUUUUAUGGUGGGCUUUUUGAUGAAUUUGAAUUUUUAAAUAGUAAAUGUGAGAAAUCGGGACAUUGGGAAAAAUUUUUUUGGAGUUUUGAAGCAAAAAAAAAUAGUAAAAUUUUAGGUACCUAAAAAAGUUAAUCACUUCGAUUUUCUCCAAAUUUGGCAUAGUACCUCUGAAUAGGUCACAGAUCAAUUUCUAAAAAUUUCAGUUCGCAGAUUUUAAUGAGAGCGGAGAUAUUCAGCGAAAUUUUUUUCGAGAGAGCAUGAAAAAUGGGGAGACGGCUAGACAAAAAUUAGUUUUUUCCCCAUAACUUUUCGAACUUCGCUUGGAAAAAAAUAAUUUUUUAAGGGAAAAUUUUUGAGCUCACUUUGAGUAGAUUCGCAAAUUUUCAUUUUGAAAAUCGAAAAAAAAAAUUUAAUUUUUGAAAUUUUUUAUUUUUGAAAUUUUCUUUUCAAAAAUCUCGGAUUUUUUUCUAAAAUUAAAAGCUAGAGGUCUGAAAAAUACCUUAGAAAAUGAUGGUCAAACAUUAGACCAGUUUUGGCAAAAUUCAAAAAUAAAUUUCGAUAUUAUUUUAGGUCCAACCAAAAGACUCAUUCCUGAAAAAAUACCGCCUUGGCACCCUAAACAGCGUCUUCAACGACAAUUACAUGGUAAAAGAGAUCGUUCACUUCACUCGGCAACUCAUUGAGAUCAUCAAACUUUUCGAUUCAAUGGAUUAUCCCUUCUGUAAGCAAUUUCCCCCUAUUUUUGAUCGAUUUUUUUGAAUUUUUCUUAAUUUUCACUCGUAUUUUAGACAAUUUCCACUGCGGAAACAUUGUCCUCGCCGAGAAUGGACUGAUUUCUUUGAUGGAUUACGAAUUUGCGUUAACGGGACAUUCAAAUAGCGAUCGGGAAGCCCUAAAAAGAUCGAAGGCCAGGACCGUCCAAGAAAUGAGGAUUUUCCAUUUGGGCGCGACAAUUUACGAAUUCCUGACCGGCUCGAUUACGGUGCCGUAUCCCGAGGAUAUGGACGAACUUUAUGAACAUUUGCCAAGGGAAUUUAGUAAGUUUUGGAGAUGAAAAGUUGAAAUUUGCAAAAAAAAAUUUUUUUUUUUUUUGAUUUUGCAUGGAAUUUUCGACAAUUUUAGAGUAAAUUUUUUUUGAGGAGUAUAGAAAAAAAAUAAAAUUUUUUUUUGAUCAAAAAGUUAGAUUUUUUUCGAUUUUUUUUAUUUAGGUACCUAAAAAAAUGUUUUUUUGAUUUUUCAUGGGAUUUGUGGGAAAUUUAGAGUAGUUUUUUUGUGGAGCACGGAAAAAUGAGGAACAUUUUUUUGUCAGAAAAUCGGAUUUUUUUGUGAUUUUUUUGAAAUUUUGGAAUUAGAUGUGAGGUGAUUUUUUUCCACAGUUUUCUGAAAAAAUCAAUUUUUUAGACUUGGAAACAAAAUUUAUGGGCCGAUAACUUUUUUUGUCUAGCCGACUCUCCUCAUUUUAAGUGCUCUCUCGAAAAAAAUGAUCUUUGAAAAUCUCGGCUGCGACUGCAAAUUUUGAUUUAAGAUUUACCAAAAAUAAUUACUGGCCUAUUUAGAGUCUCUACGCAAAAUUUGAGGAAAAUUGGGAUAUUACACUUGCGCUGCCUAUUAAUUUUUUUUUUUUAAUUUUGUGAUUUUAGGACAAAUUCUCGCUUUAAUCUUCGGCCCAGGCACCGAAAUGCCCACAACAGAUCAACUCCUGUCCCUGCCGCUGUUCAGAGAUGCCACACAAGUGGAGCUGCUGGAAGGAAAGUCAUUUCAGAUACCAAUUCAUGUACAAAAUUUGUUCAAAGACAUGUCCAGAAGGAUAGAAAGGAGGCUGGAACAGGAAAGAGAAGAGGUAAAUAGCUUUUUUCUUUUUCAUUUUGACUGAAAAUUUCAAUUUUUUAAAUUUAAAUUUUUUAAUUAAAAAAAAUGUUUUUUGGUCGAAAAUUCCAGCCCAAAAAACGCCCGAUUUCAGCUGCGAAUUGCCAAAGAAACCGCCAAAGUUCAGCGGCAUCUGAGCUCGGACGCCGAAAAACAGCGGCGCCGGCACAUAAUUCAAGAGCAUUUGAAGCGAAUGCAGCCCAAAACUGAAUGA